AUGGCUUCUACUACCAAGCGCGCCGACUUCGAGGCGGUCUUCCCUGGCCUGGCCAAGGAUAUCCUUGAGCAUGCGAAGCGGUACAACCUCCCCGCCAACGCCCUCGAGUGGUUCGAGAAGUCGCUGUUCGCCAACACCCCCGGUGGCAAGCUCAACCGUGGCCUCUCCGUCCCCGACACCGGUCUCGCCCUCCUGCAGAAGCCCCUGACCGAGGAGCAAUUCGAGCACCUGAGCAUUCUGGGCUGGCUCACCGAGCUGCUCCAGGCUUUCUUCCUGGUCAGCGAUGAUAUCAUGGACAGCUCCAUCACUCGUCGUGGCCAGCCCUGCUGGUACCGCCACGAGGGUGUCGGCCUCAUCGCCAUCAACGACGCCUUCAUGUUGGAGUCCGCCAUCUACCUGAUCCUGAAGCAGCGCUUCAAGUCCCACCCCUCCUACAUUGACCUCGUCGAGCUCUUCCACGAGACCACCUGGCAGACCGAGCUUGGUCAGCUCUGCGAUCUGAUCACCGCCCCCGAGGACAAUGUCAACCUCGACAACUUCUCGAUGGAGAAGUACAUGUUCAUUGUCACCUACAAGACUGCCUACUACAGUUUCUACCUUCCCGUUGCUCUGGCUCUGCUUUACCUGCAGGUCGCUACCCCCGAGACCCUGAAGCAGGCCCACGACAUCCUGAUCCCUCUGGGUCAGUACUUCCAGAUCCAGGAUGACUACCUGGACAACUUCGGUGACCCCUCUGUCAUUGGCAAGAUCGGCACCGACAUUCAGGACAACAAGUGCUCCUGGUUGGUUAACCAGGCCAUCGCUCGGGCCACCCCUGAGCAGCGUGCGGUGCUGGACUCCGCCUACGGCCGCAAGGACAAGGAGCAGGAGGCCAAGGUCAAGAAGAUCUUUGACGAGCUCGAGUUGGAGAAGCUGUACAAGGAGUACGAGGAGAACGUUGUUGGCGAGCUGCGCGCCAAGAUUGCCGCCGUGGACGAGACCACUGGCCUGAAGAAGGAGGUCUUUGAGUCGUUCCUGGCCAAGAUCUACAAGCGCACCAAAUAG